AGCACAGCAGCGCUAUACAUUUGCUCGAUCAGUCUCUCCAUCGCAGGCCGCCAAGUGCAAGAAAUGGAGAGCUCAAGGGCGCCGGCCGGCGACGUGAACCUGGACCUGCGGCUCGUUCACCCAAUGGCGGCGGCAAGGCGCCCACACCCGCAGACGCCGGUGGCCGCCGACCGGACCUUCUCGUGCACCUACUGCCGGCGCAAGUUCUACAGCUCGCAGGCGCUGGGCGGCCACCAGAACGCUCACAAGCUCGAGCGCAGCCUCGCCAAGCGCAGCCGCGAGCUCUCCGCUGCCAGCCAGGUGGCGAUCGCCUCCUCCAGCGCCGCGUCUUCCCCGCCGCCCUCCGACUUGAUCAGCUGGUACACGCCGGGAGGCGGAGAUAGUGGCCAAGCUGCAGGGUCGGCCGCGGCCGUCGUCAGCUGGAUCGCCGAUGGUGGGCGCCGCCGCUACGUUCAUCGUGUGCACGCGGCCGGCAACGGGGAGGACGACAUCGAUCUGUCGCUCAAGCUGUAAGACGCACGCACGCAUGCGUAUGGAGUGGACUUGAAUGCAUCUACUCCUAGUAGCUUGUCCCUCCGUACGCUAUAGUUCUACUUCUACUACGUACGUACGUCAGUUGUUUCUGUGCAUGUAUGGCACGACGUUAUUUGUUGUUUAAAUUCUUUUA